AUGAAAUCCUCUGACAUCGACCAGGAGUUGUUCACGGAGAGUUACUGCAAGGUGUGCAGUGCGCAGCUGAUCUCGGAGUCGCAGCGCGUGGCGCAUUACGAGAGUCGGAAGCAUGCCAGCAAAGUCCGCCUGUACUACAUGCUGCACCCCAUCGAUGGAGGCUGCCCGGCCAAAAAGCUCCGCUCAGAAAAUGGCAGUGAUGGUGACUCAGUGGAUAAGAACAAAUGCUGCACACUAUGUAACAUGUCCUUUACCUCAGCAGUGGUGGCAGAAUCGCAUUACCAAGGGAAAAUCCAUGCCAAAAGGUUAAAACUGUUGCUAGGGGAACAGCCAGCACUAAAGGCCACAGCUCCUCCUCUGGCACCAAAGGACCUGCCACAAACAAGCCCUGGUCCGCCGCCGCCGCAGCAGCGCCGGGACUCGGACAGGCACUGCCAGCUCUGCACGGCCUGGUUCAACAACCCCAUCAUGGCACAGCAGCACUACGACGGCAAAAAGCACAAGAAGAACGCGGCCAGGGCCGACCUCCUGGAGCAGCUGGGCAAGACCCUGGACCUGGGGGAGCUGCGAGGCCUGAAGCGCAGCUACACCUGCAACAUCUGCAACGUCACCCUGAACUCCAUAGAGCAGUACCAUGCACACCUGAAGGGCUCCAAACACCAGGCCAACCUGAAGAACCAAUAGUGGCUCUUUAGUGGAGAAGAGGACGAGCACUAACACUGCUUCUCUGGGUCAGCAGGAGAGGAUUCUUGGACAGUGAUCCCAUGUGGAUUCAAUAAUUAACAUGUAACUAACCUUCGCUUUGGACAAAUACAUGGAUUUUUUUAUUUUAAUUUUGUGGUGAGUUAAAAUAUUUCGAUGGAUUUUUUUACCCUUUCAAGACAAUAUUUAUUCAGCACAGAGUCUAGAGUAUGAUAACUAUCCUGUAAAUACAGCACUUACUCAUCAGCCAUCUUCAGGGACAGUGGAAACAAACUAUUUUACUUCUUCAUAUUUAUUCCUAGAUUUCUCCCAAGAGUAUAAGAUUAUUCUACUACAUUAUCCAUGAUAGUGAUGUAAUCAGUCUUCAAUCAGAAAUAAACACACUUUCUUCACCUUCUCCAGCAUGGUUUGUGUCAGCACAUACAGAACAACAGCAGUGAAUCGUGGGGAUUGUGUAACGGAUGAAUUUCUUCCUUCCCUCUUUGUCUCUGGAGAAACAAACGGUUCCAUGAGUAAAGAACACUGAAAAGAAA